CAGAAGCAGCCUGGCAGGCAUCAGAGCCAAGAUGAAGAUCCCAGCUGCUGUCCACUGCUGCAGCAUUGUAUGGGUCUUUCCUUUACUGCUGUCUGUACUCCAUACUGCUACUGUUCAAAAGAAUGACAUUGACAUCUACAGCCUUACAGUGGACUCCAAAGUCUCUUCCCGAUUUGCCCAUACUGUUAUCACCAGCCGAGUGGUCAACAAAGCCGAUGCUGUGCGGGAGGCCACCUUCCAGGUGGAACUGCCCAAGAAAGCCUUCAUCACCAAUUUCUCCAUGAUCAUCGAUGGUGUGACCUACCCAGGAAAUGUCAAGGAGAAGGCCGCAGCCCAGGAAGAAUACAGCGCUGCAGUGCAGCGGGGAGAGAGCGCAGGCCUUGUCAAGGCCACCGGGAGAAAGACAGAGCAGUUCCAGGUGUCGGUCAACGUGGCUCCUUCUGCCAAGGUCACGUUUGAGCUGGUGUAUGAAGAGCUGCUCAUGCGGCAACUGGGAGUGUAUGAGCUACUGCUAAAAGUGCAGCCCAAGCAGCUGGUCAAGCACCUGCAGAUGGACAUUCACAUCUUUGAGCCUCAGGGAAUCCGCUUCCUGGAGACAGAGAGCACGUUCAUUACUAAUGAGCUGGAAGAUGCCCUCAUCACCUCACAGAAUGAAACCAAGGCUCAUAUCCGGUUUAAGCCAACACUGUCCCAGCAGCAAAAGUUUCCAGGUAAAGAAGACACAAUCCUGGAUGGCAGCUUGAUCAUCCGCUAUGAUGUGAACCGGACUCUUUCUGGAGGCUCCAUUCAGAUCGAGAAUGGCUACUUUGUACACUACUUUGCUCCUGAGGACUUGCCCACCAUGCCCAAGAAUGUGAUCUUUGUCAUUGACAAUAGCGGCUCCAUGACUGGCAGGAAAAUCCAGCAGACCCGGGAAUCCCUAAUCCAGAUCCUGAAUGACCUCAGCCCCAGAGAUCAGUUCAACCUCAUUGUCUUCAGUGGGGAAGCAACCCAGUGGAAGUCAUCGCUGGUGCCAGCCUCAGCUGAGAAUGUGCAGGAGGCCACAAGCUAUGCAGCCAGCAUACGGGCCCAGGGAGGAACCAACAUCAAUGCUGCCAUGCUGAUGGCCGUGCAGCUUCUGGAGAGCAGCAACAGGGCUGAGCUGCUGCCUUCACAGAGCAUCUCCAUCAUCAUUCUGCUCACUGAUGGUGACCCCACUGUGGGGGAGACAGAUCCCACAAGGAUCCAGAAGAAUGUACAGGAAGCCAUAGGAGGCCAGUACAGCCUCUUCUGCCUGGGCUUCGGAUUUGAUGUCAGCUACACCUUCCUGGAGAAGAUGGCACUGGAAAACAAUGGUCUGGCACGACGCAUCUACGAGGAUUCAGACUCUGCCCUACAGCUUCAGGACUUCUACCAGGAAGUGUCCAGCCCACUGCUGUCAGCUGUGGCCUUCGAGUACUCAAGCAAUGCUGUGGAAGCUGUCACAAAGGACAACUUCCGAAUCUUCUUCAAAGGCUCAGAGAUGGUGGUAGCUGGGAAGCUCCAGGACAAGGAUCUUGAUGUGCUCUCAGCCAAAGUCAGUGGGCAGAUGCACAUGCAGAACAUCACCUUCCAAACUGAGUCCAGCGUGGCCCAGCAGGAGGAGGAGUUCCAGAGCCCCAAGUACAUCUUCCACAACUUCAUGGAGCGACUUUGGGCGUAUCUGACCAUCCAGCAGCAGCUAGAGCAGAUUGUUUCAGCACCAGCUAACAAAUCACAGGCCCUUAAGACCCAAGCUCUGAACUUGUCACUCAAGUACAACUUUGUCACUCCGCUCACAUCUAUGGUGGUCACUAAGCCCGAAGGCCAAGAAGAGUCUGUUGCUGAGAAGCCUGUGGAAAACAAGAACACAGAGAAGAGAAUCUUUUUAGGAGGUCAUAAACCUUUCAAAUCUCACGCCAAAGGAGCCCGACUGUCCAAACUAAAAGCUCGUUUUCCCUCUAUGUACCAUGGACCUCCUCCUCCUCUUCCUAAUCGUCAUUACACCCCACAAAGGACCCGGGAAGACUCACUAGAAUUGCCACUCCUCAGCCCCAUUGUUGAACAGAUGGCUCCCUCAGGUCCCCAUCAGGCUGUGGUACAUGGUGCAGAAGUACAAAUUGAAGAAACUACCCAAACACACCCACCCCAAGCCCCCUUCCAGGCUCCUGCUAUCAUCUUGCCGCUGCCUGCGCCCACAGUGGACCGGCUCUGUGUGGAAAUCAAGCGCUCUCAAGGGCCCUUGAACCUGUUCUCAGACCAUGACCAAGGGCUUGAGGUCACUGGCCAGUAUGAAAUGGAGAAGGCUGGAUUCUCAUGGAUCAGGUUGAUCAUCAAGAACCCCCAGCUGCAGGUUCAUGCAACCCCUGAACGCGUGGUGGUGACUCGGAACCGAAAAAGUUCUGCGUACAAGUGGAAGGAGCCACUAUACUCAGUGCUGCCUGGCCUGAAGAUGACCAUGGACAAGAGAGGCCUCCUGCUGCUCAAUGGCACAGACAAAGCAACCAUUGGUGUGUUGCCCUUGGAUGGCCCUGGGAAGGGGCUCCUGCUCCUUCUUCGUGACACUGACCACUUCUCCAGCCACAUCAAUGGGACCCUGGGCCAGUUUUAUAAAGACCCACUUUGGAUACCACCAGAAACAGGAGGUGACAGCAGAAGGAUACUGAGGGUCCAAGGAAUGGACUAUUCUGCCACCAGAGAACUCAAGUUGGAUUAUCAAGAGGGGCCCCCGGGGACAGAGAUUUCCUGCUGGUUGGUGGAGCUGUAGUGCAGAUGGAAGUAUCUGUGCCCUCUCUGACACCUUGUGAUGGGCAGAUAGCUUCCAUCCUAUGGCUUAAGGGGCACUGGGGAGACCUGGAUCCUGACAGGGAGAGGGCGUUCCAUGCAUUAAAUAAAGAAAGGUGGUGUGAGCCCAGGGAAUGUGUGUUUGUGGUUCU